AUGCUCAAAAUACCCAUCGACUGUUACGACAUUCUCGAUGUCUUGAAAUUAAAUCACUAUAAAUUAGUUUUACAACUACUAAGUUAUCGCGAACGACAUACUGUCUGUAUGUAUAUUACCAAUAGUAUUCUGGACAAAGAAACGAUCAUUCCUACUGCUGAACAAGUAACGCAACUGUUUGAUUUAAUUGCAACAUUGAUUGUUGACCAAACCGAUGGAAAUUUUGAAGCUUCGCGACAAACAAUCAGCAACGAAGAUUUCGUCGAAGAACAAAAUCUUGUCGCACGUUUAUUCAAUAACUUCAAAGCAACAAAUGAUCCUGAUCAACAGUACCAUAUUAUCAAAACUUGCCAGGACACAUUCAAAAACGGCGGCUUAGAACGUAUGCGCUUCACUUAUCCACCUAUAAUCAUGCGAGCUUACGCACUAGCAUUCCAAUACAAAGAAAUUCGCGAACAAGACGAAAAAUGGGAAAAGAAAUGCCAGAAAUUGUUUCAACUAUGCAAUCAAUUGAUAAACACAUUAACGAAGUUAGAAACACACGAUCUUCCAUUACGUUUAUAUUUACAAGGUGCACUAGCAGCUAGUGAAAUUCGUUCGGAAAAUGCAGAAACGAUCGCUUAUGAAUUCUUCUCACAGGCAUAUACAUUGUAUGAAGAACAAGCCGGUGAUACACGUGCACAGUGUGCAUCAUUAACUCUGUUGAUCGGUACAUUGGAAAAAGUGAGCUGUUUUGGCGAAGAGAAUCAUUCAACAUUACGGCAAUCAUUGACUCAAGCCGCAACACGUUUAUUGAAACGACCGGAUCAAGUGCGCACAUUACUUUUAUGUACGCAUCUCUUCUGGAGUGCACAACGUGUUGAUGAAGCAACGCAAACGUCCGAACAGGUUCGUGACGGUGAAAAAGUUCUUGCUUGUUUAAAGAAAGCAACGAAAUUAACAACGCAAGUGAUGGAUCAUACUGCUCAAGUUCAACUAUACAAUGAAUUACUCAAUUCGUAUAUCUAUUUCUUUAAUCAAAACCAUCCUGACAUCAACAUCGAAGUGUUGAAUUCAUUAAUCGAAAAACUUCAAAGUGAAAUGUCAAAACUCGAUUCGACGCCUUCAGCCAAUAAUACAUCAUCAACCGAUAGUGAAGAGUUCAUUCGCAACCAAAUUCGUAUUACUUUCGAUCACCUUCGUCAACAAUCGCAAAUCGAAAAAUUCCAAGGUCUUCAAAUAAAUAAUUGA